AAAUAAUAAGCCAAAAAAGAAUCCAAUCCUGUGGUGCCCGUUAACUCGAUUUCUCUGCUCUAGAGACUCUCUAGUCUCACCGAAGUUGCAUAAAGAAAAGUAGCUAACUGCCUUGGCUUGUAUCUGCGGUGCUGGACCAAGUACCAUGUUUUGUGGGCUACUGGCUCUCUUCAGUGUUCACCUAGCCUAAUCACCGCCCUGAACCCACCAAACCACCAGAUUUGGGUGCUGGGUUUUUGUCUUUAUAUUUGUAUUUUCUCAUUUCUUUCAACUUUCAACUAAACAUUGCAGCUUCUUAAUUUGUGGGGUUUUUUUUUUUUUUUUUGGUUUCCUGCUUAAUCCAUGGCUUCUUCCAUGCUGAAUGGAGCUGAAACCUUCACUCUCAUCCGAGGUGUAACCCCAAAAAGUAUUGGUUUUUUGGGGUCAGGUUUACAUGGGAAACAGUUUUCGAGUGCGGGUUUAAUCUACAGUCCGAGGAUGUCCAGGCUAGGAACGACGAUAGCCCCGAGGUGCAGCUUAUCAGCGUCAAGGCCAGCUUCACAACCAAGAUUCAUACAACACAAAAAGGAGGCCUUUUGGUUCUACAGGUUCCUCUCAAUUGUCUAUGACCAUGUCAUAAACCCAGGUCACUGGACUGAAGACAUGAGGGAUGAUGCACUUGAGCCAGCUGAUCUCAAUGACAGGGACAUGGUAGUUGUAGAUGUUGGUGGUGGAACUGGUUUCACUACUUUGGGUAUUGUUCAGCAUGUGGAUGCUAAGAAUGUUACAAUCCUUGACCAAUCUCCUCACCAGCUUGCAAAGGCUAAACAGAAGGAGCCUCUCAAGGAAUGCAACAUAAUUGAAGGUGAUGCAGAAGAUCUUCCUUUUCCUGCUGAUUUUGCCGAUAGAUAUGUGUCUGCUGGAAGCAUAGAGUACUGGCCAGACCCACAACGGGGGAUCAAGGAAGCAUACAGGGUGUUGAAACAAGGAGGAAAAGCUUGCUUAAUUGGUCCUGUGUACCCUACAUUUUGGUUGUCUCGUUUCUUUGCAGACGUUUGGAUGCUUUUCCCUAAGGAGGAAGAGUAUAUAGAGUGGUUUGAAAAGGCUGGAUUUAAGGAUGUCCAACUCAAAAGGAUUGGCCCUAAAUGGUAUCGCGGAGUUCGCCGACAUGGUUUGAUCAUGGGGUGCUCUGUAACCGGUGUUAAACCCACAUCUGGGGACUCUCCUUUGCAGCUCGGACCUAAGGCAGAGGAUGUAUCAAAGCCGGUAAAUCCGUUUGUAUUUCUCUUGCGCUUCAUGUUGGGUGCCACUGCAGCAGCAUAUUAUGUACUGGUCCCUAUCUACAUGUGGCUCAAAGAUCAAUUUGUACCAGAGGGUCAACCAAUCUAAAGAAAGAAUUGAACUUUAGCUGUUCUGCCCUUCCAAGUUGCAUACAUCUCUUUAGUAUAUCUAUAUAUAUCCUAUGCUAGACCAUGAAGGGUGUUUUGCAUUUCUGAAAUAAAACCAACUUUUUUCAAGUAAAUUCAACCUCUUCUUUUUUCUUUGGCUUUGGAUAUAUUUUCGUCAAUGUCCGUUUUAUGGUUCAUCAAAACUAGUCGUCCCUCCUAAGUUUUGGAUACACUUUAAAGCUACAUCUAUAAAUGAAUAAUAAUAUGAGAUGUUUUAUAUUUGA